AUGGAUCCGUUAUACAAAUCUUUAAAUUAUUUAAGACUUCGAAAUUACACUAAGUGUUCCGAUGCAUGCAAGAGCAUCCCAACAAAUCAGCAAAAAGAAAAAUGGUAUAUUAUUUGCAAAGCAAGAUCAGAAGAAAGUUGGACAGAUUUUACCGAGCCCGAUGAUGAAACUGUUACUGAUAUGGUUUUUGAUGAAAAUGUCGUCGCAAAUGUCGCUCGUCCAGGGACAUCUUUAAGAACAGGAACAUUACUUUCACGUGGCUCUCGCCCAAUUACUCAAAGUGGUAGACCAGUUAGUGGGUAUGCUCAUACUCGCCCUCAAUCCUCAAGAAAAAUUUCAGGAAAUCCUACAACAUCAGCAACUUCCAGAUUUAGCCGUCUUGCUACAGCUUCACUUGCAUUUUCAGGGGAUGAGCCAGAUGUUACAUCUAUUAAUACAGAAAAAUUUGCAAAAAAUCCAUUUUUAUCGCGAAUCUUAGUUGAUUAUUUACUCCAACGUCUUAGAGAUCCAAUUAGAGCGAUUCAAUUAGCAGCAAGCUGUACAAAGAUUUGCGGAUUUGACGAUUGGUGGUGGAAAAACAGGUUAGGAGUUUCAUAUUAUCUUUUAGGCUUAAAUCCCGAAGCAGAAGCCCAAUUCAGAUCAUCACUUACAAAUUCUAUUGGUAUAGAAUCUCGUCUAGAGCUUGCAAAGAUAUAUACAAGGCUUGAUCAGCCAAUUAAAGCACUUUCUGAAUUAACCGUUGGAUUUGACCAAUUUCCACAAGAAAUCCGAUUCAUUCUUGCUCAAGGAAGGAUAAAAGAUCUUCUCGGUGAAUCUGGUAACGCAAGAGACCUCUGGAGACAAGCAUUACAAAUUGAUCAAUCUUGUGUCGAAGCAGCCGCUUCACUUGGUGCAGCAACAUUUUACGAGGACCAACCUGAAACAUCAGCAAAGUUUUUUGCUUAUCUAAGAAAGCUCGGAAUCGUUAAUUCCGCAGUUUUAAAUAAUAUUGCCAUCUCAAACUUAUCGUCUGGCAAUUUUGACUACGUAGGACCUGCUAUUGUUGCAGCCUUAUCCAUUGCCUCCAGCGAUGAAGAAAGAUCCGACGUUUGGUAUAAUAUUUCUCAUAUCGCGAUAACAGCAGGAGACAUGAUUCUUGCUCAACAAGCAUUACUUAUCUCCACAAGUCUUAAUUCUUCUAAUGGAGAAGCUUUUAACAACCUUGGUUUGAUCGAAUUAAAGAAAAAGAACGUUCAAAAGGCUCUUUCUGCUUUCCGAUCUGCUACAGAAGCAAAUCCAGAGAUGCAUGAACCAUGGUUCAACUGCGCUCUCCUUUACCAAAGAAUUGGACAGCUCCAAGAAGCUUAUCUCGCUGCUGAACAAGCUGUAAAACUUUAUCCAACAUUUACAGAAGGAAUUGACUUACUCAAAUCAAUUUCUGCUCAACUCAAGUGA